UACAAUGCCAUUUUAACGCUAUUUUCUAACAAUUAACUUUUGAAAAUGUCCUGAAAGUGAUUGUAACGUGUGUCUAAAGUGUUGUGGGACGAUUUUGUGCCAUGAAAAUUCGGUGGAAGUUGCGGAAAUCGACGAUAAAUUCGCCAAAACUUGAUUCACCGGACCAAGGCCUCGGAGCUGCAUGGCGGCCGGGACAGGUGAGAUUUUCAAUGGAAAGAGCACCGGUGUGAUGCUGGUUGGUCUGCUGGGGACCACCUGUUCUGUUUGGUGUAGCCAGGACGCACGGAGGUCUCGGCCAUCCGUCAUCGGCGCCGCUCCAGAGUGGCCUCGCGUGACGUCCGUUCGUCCGUCCGUGCGUGUCCGAGGACCGGCCGCUCUCAACCGGUCGAUGGCCACGCCUCAAGCACGUGUUUCAGGUCGAAAAAGGACCUCCUUGAGGCGUGGUCUGCACCUGACACGAAUGCUUAUGUGCAACACCAAUAUGGCCGCCCAUUACAUGACCCCUUGCGUGAUCCGCGCCCGGCAUGCCAUGCACGACACCUCCCCGCGACAACUCUAUUUUCGCGCCGAGCCACUUUUCGCAACUCGCGUUUGUUUUGAUAUGAUUUUGUCUGUGCGAACAAGAAAUUAGUUGCGUUGUUUAUCUCUGAUUGACACGGCAGUAAUUUUGCAAUAAUGGUAUAAAAUCAAGGCAGCCUUCAAUUGAAUUAAUUUUCUGUUGUGGAGUAAAGUGUUUUUCAAUUUUUGCGCGAGUACUUUUUCUUGUAUCUGCUGUGAAGUGUGUAAUUAUAUCUGCGAGCAACCGACUUGCUAAUUAUCCUUUCUAAAGUGUGAGAUAUUCUCGCUUUGAAUCGUGCACAAUUAUGCAAUUUUACGGUCUGCCAGCCCAGCAAGUGCUGCUUGUUAGUCAGAUGCUUUCAGCAGAUUAUUAGACACUGACUUGUUUCCUCUUUUUAACAAAUAACUUAAAAAUACGUAAAUAAUAAUACAAUAUUAAGAAGAGGCAAAAUUCAGUCUCUUCCAAAAAAUUAUUAUGAAUUAAAAUUCCAUAUUUCAAACCAAAUCAGGUCUGAUUAAAGCGCUCUUUUGUUUUUCAU